UGGUGCAGUGUCCUCUUCCGAUCUCUUCCAACCAUCGACAUUCAACAUGGUGAAAAUCACAACAGCCCUCGUUGUUUUGGCGGUCGUAGCCCUCGUCAGGGCCGAUGCGUCCAAAGAUGUUAAGAAGAACACCAACAAGAGAUCCGCCUUUGGAUUCGGCCAGUCCGGUCUGGGCUACAGCUCGGGUCUCAGUUACGGUUCCGGUCUGGGCUACGGCUCCGGUCUGGGCUACAGCUCCGGAUUGGGCUACGGCUCUGGUCUGGGCUACAGCUCCGGUUUGAAAUACGGAUCCGGUCUGGGCUACAGCUCCGGUUCGGGAUACAGCUCCGGUCUGAGCUACAGCUCCGGUCUGGGAUACAGCUCCGGUUUGAAAUACGGUUCCGGUCUUGGAUUGUCAUCCGGUUUGGGAUACUCCAGCGCCCCAGCUCCGACCACAGGUCCCCUCAUACCGAUAUCCAAGGAAGUGCACAUUAUCAACCGUCACGCCCAACCAGUGUCCGCCCCGUACCCAGUGCCAGUUCAACACGACGUGCCCGUCGCUGUACCACACCCAGUGCCAUACGCAGUUGACAGCCCAUACCCAGUCAACGUACCUGCCCCAUACCCAGUACCGGUCGAAAGGCCAGUCCCAUACGCAGUCGACAGGCCAGUUCCUCAUCCAGUGGCAUCGCCAUACCCAGUCCCGGUUGUCCGUGACGUUCCCGUGCCCGUGUCCAAGCCAUACGCAGUUCCAGUAGUCAAACAAAUCCCCGUGCCAGUUGCCAGCCCAGUCAUCGUACACGAAUCAGCCCCUCUGAUCACAUCCAGCUACAGCUCUGCAGCUGCUGAUAUCGGUUUCGGUCACGGUUCCAGUUACGGCUCCGGUUACGGACUAUCAUCCUACGGCUCCGAAAGCCAAUACGGUGGAUCUCUGGGAUACAGCAGUGGAGAUCUGUCAUCAUACGGUUACGGACACAGUUUCGACUACAAGAAGUAGAACACUCAUAGCGACUCCACCCCAGCCCAACAUCAUCGAAUCUACUAGAUUUUUCUUCUAUACCGUGUAUACAUAUAUUUUUAUAGACAAUUUUUCUUUAUAUAUUUUAAAUGUUGUUAAUAACUUUUGGUUAUCAACUAAAAUAAAUAAUUUUGUUUUUUUCAUUAUUUACGUGUUUGUCAUUAUAACUCCAAGUUACUAAUCAUAUAAUUCCAUAGGAAAAAUUAUUGAACUAUUAUUUUUAUUUUAAGUAUUGUUUUUCAGAUUAAAAUAUGAAAGACUAAUAUUAGUUAUUUGCAAAAGUAUUUCAUUUAGUCAAGGUUGAAUAUACUUUGGCUAUAUGAAUAUAAUUUGGAAAUUAUCUUAAUAACCUACAUUGUGUUUACAAUAAAAUAUGUAGCUA